GCUGCGAGCGGUGGGCUGCGGCCACUUUUGCUUUUCAAUUAUCAGGCAACUUUCCCCUCCCACACCUGCACCCUCCCACCAUCAACAUCCAUCGAGCACUCACACAAGCAACACCACCAUCUUGCAGUAUCCCUAAGCUUUCCCCGUCACUGCUCACUGUUCCUUCCUUACAUUCCCUCAUCAUGGCAGGAAAAUCCGACAAGGCGGACAACGGUGAUGCUCCCGCCACCCCCAAGGCUGCUGCGUUUGGUGGCGGCUACGACUCCCUCACCACGCGUGAGCAGGAGAUCUUGGGCAAGGCCAUGACCUGCCUCAAGGUCGCACCUGAGAUUGAUUUCCCGAUGCUCGCGGGCGCGGUGAACAUGACCAACCCUCGUUCCGCAGUCAACGCUUGGUCUCAGAUCAAGAAGAAGAUGGGCUGGACCAUGAAGGCCCCGGAAUCCCCCGGUCCGGCCAAGACACCCGGUACGGGCAAGGGCAAGCGCAAGGUGGCUGUCAUCGAGGACGACGCUGCUGAUGAUGACGAGGACGCACCGGCUCCUGCCAAGCGUGUCAAGGGUGUCAAGAAGUCAGGCAAGAAGCCUGCUGCUACUCUGAAGAAGGCCAAGGGUGCCGCCAGCCCCGAGUCUGAGGAGGACAAGGCUGUGUUGGAGGAGAAGGCCGAGGUCACGCCUGAGGUCAAGGAUGAGACCCCCGACGGCGAGGCUUAAAAGAGAGCCUUUGGCUCCUGAGCUUCCGUGGCCUCCAGGUACUACGACGGCACAAAGAGCACUUUUUCGGCGUGGUAGCAACACAACCACUUUGCAACUGCUUGUGGAGUGCUUUUAAGGUCAAGGUGGGACUCAGUCUCGAAUGUGACUCGACCACACAUCGACUUUGGUUUUGGAGCGAGCGAUAAUUCAUUGCGAAAAGCAACACAUCAGGCAAUGCUUAUUAAUUCGCAUGUGGUAGUCUGGAUACUUAGGUACCCUGCUUCUGCAAAUUGACUGGUACUUGAAAA